GCAGAUCAGUCCGUCGCCGACAGCGCGAUGCGUUAACCGCCGCCCCCUCCGUAAACACAUCCGCCAAACAUGAAGUGGCUGGUGCUAAAGAUCUUCCUGUGGGGAGUAUGCGGCGCGCAAUGGUCCCCGCCAAAUACCGCCGUCUACAACAUUGGCGGCGUCCUCAGCAGCAACGAGAGCGAGUUCUAUUUUAAGGAAACCAUCGCGCACUUGAACUAUAACACCCAAUAUGUCAACAAGGGAGUUACCUAUUACGACACGGCGAUUCUGAUGGACCCGAACCCAAUUCGAACUGCUCUGAAUGUUUGCAAAUAUCUAAUUGCAAAUAGGGUGUAUGCGGUGGUUGUAUCACAUCCACUUACAGGAGAUUUGUCCCCAGCCGCUGUUUCUUAUACCAGCGGAUUUUACCACAUCCCUGUUAUUGGAAUAUCAUCCAGAGAUUCAGCAUUUUCGGACAAAAACAUUCAUGUGUCGUUUUUGAGAACCGUCCCGCCCUAUUCUCACCAGGCGGAUGUAUGGGUUGAAAUGUUGAAACAUUUCAAUUACAAAAAAGUGAUUUUUAUUCAUUCUUCGGAUACUGACGGAAGAGCGAUUUUAGGAAGAUUCCAAACCACUUCUCAAAGUAUGGAAGAUGACAUAGAAAUAAAAGUACAGGUAGAGUCGAUAAUUGAAUUUGAACCGGGCAUUGAAACUUUUACGGCGCAACUCAACGAAAUCCGAAACGCCCAAGCUCGGGUUUACUUAGUCUACGCAAGUAAAACCGACGCACGGGUGAUUUUCCGCGAUGCAGCCUGGUUAAACAUGACUGACGCAGGAUACGCCUGGAUUGUCACCGAGCAGGCUUUGCAGGCAGACAAUGUCCCAGAAGGACUUUUAGGCUUAAAGCUUGUGAAUGCCACCAAUGAGAAGGCGCAUAUACGUGAUAGCAUAUAUGUAUUGGCAUCUGCUUUGCGCGAUAUGAACCAAACAAAAGAGAUCGCCGAAGCACCCAAAGACUGUGACAACUCGGGUUCCAUUUGGGAAACUGGAAAAGAUUUGUUUAACUUUAUUCGCAAACAAACCCUGAUGAAUGGCGAAACCGGAAAAGUUGCGUUUGAUGAUCAGGGUGAUCGCAUCAACGCCGAAUACAACCUCGUAAACAUACAGCUUCGUAAGAAACAAGUUAAUGUGGGAAAAUAUUUCUUUGACAAGGAUACCAAUCGAAUGACUUUAUCAGUGGAUGAGAAGAACAUUAUGUGGCCUGGUCGCUUAAACAUAAAACCCGAAGGCUUCAUGAUUCCGACACACCUGAAAGUGCUCACCAUCGAAGAGAAGCCAUUCGUUUAUACACGCAAAUUAAACGACCAAGAGGAGUGUCUGCCUGACGAGGAAAUUCCAUGCCCGCAUUUCAACUCCACUCAAGAUGAAACAGGAAGGUACUGCUGCAAAGGGUUCUGCAUGGAUCUCUUAAAAGAACUGUCCAAGAAGAUUAACUUCACGUACACAUUAGCACUUUCGCCUGAUGGCCAGUUCGGCAAUUACCUCAUAAAGAAUAACACCACCAAGAAAGAAUGGACCGGACUGAUUGGUGAAUUAGUCGGUGAGCGGGCUGAUAUGAUUGUGGCGCCGUUAACGAUCAAUCCUGAACGCGCCGAGUUCAUUGAGUUCAGCAAACCGUUUAAGUAUCAAGGCAUCACUAUUCUGGAGAAAAAACCCUCGCGGUCGUCCACCUUGGUAUCCUUCUUGCAACCAUUCAGUAACACGCUGUGGAUCCUCGUUAUGGUAUCUGUGCACGUGGUUGCAUUAGUGCUGUAUUUGUUAGAUAGAUUUUCACCGUUUGGAAGGUUCAAGCUGGCAAAUACUGAUGGUACAGAAGAAGAUGCUCUUAACUUGUCGAGUGCCAUUUGGUUUGCCUGGGGAGUAUUAUUAAACAGUGGCAUUGGCGAAGGAACACCUCGAAGUUUCUCAGCAAGGGUUUUGGGUAUGGUGUGGGCUGGAUUUGCGAUGAUCAUUGUAGCUUCAUACACUGCCAACUUGGCUGCUUUCCUCGUGUUGGAACGACCAAAAACCAAACUUACAGGAAUCAACGAUGCCAGGUUGCGCAACACAAUGGAAAACCUGACAUGUGCAACAGUGCGCGGCUCCGCUGUCGAUAUGUACUUUAGACGACAGGUAGAACUAUCCAAUAUGUAUCGAACCAUGGAGUCAAACAAUUACUUGACUGCAGAGGAUGCUAUUCAAGAUGUUAAGAAUGGAAAAUUGAUGGCAUUUAUUUGGGACAGCUCACGCUUGGAGUUUGAAGCCGCUCAAGAUUGCGAACUUGUGACAGCUGGAGAAUUGUUCGGUCGUUCUGGAUACGGUAUAGGACUGCAAAAAGGAUCGCCAUGGUCUGAUGAAGUGACGCUUGCAAUUUUGGACUUUCACGAAAGUGGGUUUAUGGAGAGCUUGGAAAACAAAUGGAUACUCCAAGGCAACAUUCAACAAUGCGAACAAUUCGAGAAAACUCCAAACACGCUUGGAUUGAAAAACAUGGCGGGCGUAUUCAUAUUGGUCGCGGCAGGUAUAGUCGGCGGUAUUGCGCUUAUCGUUAUAGAAAUGGCCUACAAGAAGCAUCAAAUCAAAAAACAGAAGCGUAUGGAACUCGCUCGUCAUGCUGCGGACAAGUGGCGAGGAUGUGUUGAGAAACGGAAAAACCAGCGGCAAUCGCUGACGACGCAGCGGCGCAUAAAAUCGAAUGGUGUCAACGAUCCGACAACAAUCAGCUUAGUCGUCGACAAGUACCAACAGCAGCGGCAGGGCGGCGGACCGGAGCGAGCAUGGCCAGGCGAUUCUGACAUCAGGCAGCGAAGAAGCGACGAGUCGGGUGGCGGUGUACAACCCGUACCGCGGUAUAUGCCCGCCUACACUCCCGACGUUUCGCACCUAAUUGUUUAAUCGCGUUACUAUAGUAAGCGCGAAUACUCGUACCAUAGUCUUGUGUAUCAAUGUCACGAGUGUUGUAUGUACUUGAGGAAAGCUCGAUAAACCAUGCAUCGACCAACCGGAAAUGACAGGAAAUGCAAGGAACGGAGAAAUGUCGAGUGGCGAAACACUCGUUCAUACUAGGCAAUUAAACACGUUAGCGUAAACAAACUAUAUCUAAAAGACAGGUCACAUUUAAAUACAUAUUUGUGAAACAUGUAGUUAGUGGGCAACAAAACCCUAUAAAAUCAUAACUAAACUUUUAACCAAGGAGAUUGGCGUUUAAACAGAGAUAAUUAUUUAUAAUUCAAUGUAUACAGUGUAAUCACUGGUUUUUGCCACCCAAAUAUAUUAUACUUGUUUCGAAA